GUUUGUUUGCCAUCAAACCUCAGAAGAAGAAGAUUCGCGUCAGCGAGCUGUUGUUUUGUUUUGAAGCUGGUUUAAUACAAACUGUUAGAAAUGUUGUUUCUGUAAAUAGAGAAAUACAGUUUUUGAAUCAGGUCAGUAAAUACCUGUUAUAUUCUCAUCCUCACAGUCGUGACUAAAUUUUGAAUAAAGCAGGAAUAAUAUCUGGAGGAGUAUCGUCUGAACUGAGAUCUGCUGCUGUGAUGAUGGAGUUUGUUAAAGAGGAGAGUGAAGAGAACACGAGUGAACCAGAAACCUGGAGAAUAAAACACGAGGAACCAGAAACCUGGAGAAUAAAACACGAGGAACCAGAAACCUGGAGAAUAAAACACGAGGAACCAGAAACCAGGAGAAUAAAACACAAGGAACCAGAAACCUGGAGAAUAAAACACGAGGAACCAGAAACCAAGAGAAUAAAACAAGAGGAACCAGAAACCUGGAGAAUAAAACACGAGGAACCAGAAACCUGGAGAAUAAAACACGAGGAACCAGAAACCAGGAGAAUAAAACACGAGGAACCAGAAACCAAGAGAAUAAAACAAGAGGAACCAGAAACCUGGAGAAUAAAACACGAGGAACCAGAAACCUGGAGAAUAAAACACGAGGAACCAGAAACCAGGAGAAUAAAACACAAGGAACCAGAAACCUGGAGAAUAAAACACGAGGAACCAGAAACCAAGAGAAUAAAACAAGAGGAACCAGAAACCAGGAGAAUAAAACACGAGGAACCAGAAACCAAGAGAAUAAAACAAGAGGAACCAGAAACCUGGAGAAUAAAACACGAGGAACCAGAAACCUGGAGAAUAAAACACGAGGAACCAGAAACCAGGAGAAUAAAACACAAGGAACCAGAAACCUGGAGAAUAAAACACGAGGAACCAGAAACCAAGAGAAUAAAACAUGAGGAACCAGAAACUUGGAGAAUAAAACACGAGGAACCAGAAACUUGGAGAAUAAAACACGAGGAACCAGAAACCUGGAGAAUAAAACAAGAGAACCCAGAAUCCUGCAGAAUAAAACACCAGGAACCAGAAACCUGGAGAAUAAAACACGAGGAACAAGGUGGUAGGUGCCUAAUGAAAGAAGAAAGGCAAGAUCUGAAUGAGGUGGAGGAGAAAUAUCAGGAUCAGAAAGAUCAUGAUGUCAAUGAAGAAAAAUCAGUGAGUUGCAGCAUUAAAAAAACAGAAGUCAAGAGGCCUUUCAUCUGCUCUCAGUGUGGAAAGAGUUUCAUAUAUAACAGUAAUCUUAAGACUCACAUGUUAAUUCAUACUGGAAUAAAGCCUUUCAGCUGCUCUCAGUGUGGAAAGAGUUUUACACUGAAAGCUAACCUUAAGAGUCAUUUGGUAACUCACUCUUCAGAAAAACCUUUCAGCUGCUCUCAGUGUGGAAAGAGAUUUACACGGAAAGCUAUCUUAAAGGAUCACAUGUUAGUUCAUACUGGAAUAAAGCCUUUCAGCUGCUCUCAGUGUGGAAAAAGUUUUAAACUGAAAGCAUACCUUAAGAGUCAUUUGGUAACUCACUCUUCAGAAAAGCCUUUCAGUUGCUCUCAGUGUGGAAACACUUUUGCAAGCAACGAAAGCCUUGAGAAGCACUUGUUAAUUCAUGCUGGAAUAAAGUCUUUCAUCUGCUCUCAGUGCGGAAAGAGUUUUAUACAGAAAGUAAGCCUUAAGAGUCAUUUGGUAUCUCACACUUCAGAAAAACCUUUCAUCUGCUCUCAGUGUGGAAAAAGUUUUACACAUAAAGCAAGCCUUAAGAACCACAUGAUAAUUCAUACUGGAAUAAAGUCUUUCAGCUGCUCUCAGUGUGGAAAGAGUUUUAGAUAUAAAGCAGGCCUUAAGAACCACAUGAUAAUUCAUACUGGAAUAAAGUCUUUCAGCUGCUCUCAGUGUGGAAAGUGUUUCAUACGUAACAGUCAUCUUAAGAGGCACAUGUUAAUUCAUACUGGGAUAAAGUCUUUCAGCUGCUCUCAGUGUGGAAAGGGUUUUACACUGAAAGAACACCUUCAGAGUCAUUUGGUAACUCACACUUCAGAAAAUCCUUUCAGCUGCUCUCAGUGUGGAAAGAGUUUUACACUGAAAGAACACCUUCAGAGUCAUUUGGUAACUCACACUUCAGAAAAUCCUUUCAGCUGCUCUCAGUGUGGAAAGAGUUUUACACAUAAAUCAAGCCUUAAGAGGCACAUGUUAAUUCACGCUGGGUAUUCUCGUCCUCACAGUCUUGGCUACGUUUUGAAUCAAGCAGGAAUAUCUGGAGGAGAAUCAUCUGAACUGAGAUCUGCUGCUGUGAAGAUGGAGUUUGUUAAAGAGGAGAGUCAAGAGAACACAAGUGAACCAGAAACCCGGAAAAUAAAACACGAGGAACAAGGAGAGUAUAUUGAAGAAAAUGAGGAGAAUGAAGAACUGUGUUUAGUUGAGAAAAAUCAUAUUAAAACUGGAGAAAACCCUUCAAGUUGCUCUCAAAGAAACAAAUUGUCAAGAAAAAAUGGUCUUGAUGUUCACAUGAAACUGCACACUUGUGAUCAGUGCGGGAAGAAUUACACACGAAAAGAACACCUUAGAGCACACAUGAGAGUUCACACUGGAGAGAAACCGUUUAAUUGUGAUCAGUGCGGGAAGAGUUUCACACGAAAAGGACUACUUACAGCACACAUGAGAGUUCACACUGGAGAAAAACCAUUCACUUGUGAUCAGUGCGGGAAGUGUUUCUCACAAUUAUCACAUCUUAAUGCACACACAAAUGUUCACACUGGAGAGAAUCCGUUUAAUUGUGAUCAGUGCGGAAAGCGUUUCUCACAAUUAUCACAUCUUAAUGCACACACAAAUGUUCACACUGGAGAGAAUCCGUUUAAUUGUGAUCAGUGCGGAAAGCGUUUCUCACAAUUAUCACAUCUUAAUGCACACACAAAUGUUCACACUAGAGAGAAACUGUACGCAUGUGAUCAAUGUGACAAAAUGUUUUUGAGGGCUUCACACCUGAAGCAGCACCUGAGAGUUCAUACAAAAGAGAAACCACAUUCAUGUCAUUUGUGUGGAAAGAGUUUUUCACGUCUACAACAUUUGAAAGGGCAUCAGAAAAUACAUACUGGUGUGAGAGAGUACAUGUGCUUUGAGUGUGAAAAGACUUUUACUUCAGCGAGCAGUUUAAAACUGCAUGAGAGGAUCCACACUGGAGAGAAACCUUACAAGUGUUCACACUGUGACCAGAGCUUCAGUUAUUCAUCAAGUCUGAAAACACAUGAGAGAACCCACACUGGAGAGAAACCUUACAAGUGUUCAUACUGUGAACAGAGAUUCAGUCAGUCAGGAGUUGUGAAAACACAUGAGAGGAUUCACACUGGAGAGAAACCGUAUCACUGCACUGAAUGUGGGAAGUGUUUCAGUAAUGCAUCUUCUCUACACAGUCAUACAAAAAACAUUCACAGUAAGUAGGUCAUCU